AUGGGGCACACGUGGCGGUUGGGCGAGUGGCGCCCGCGGUGGCGAGUGAGAGAAGCUCUGUGCUGCGGCGCGCCGCUAUUGCCGCCGCCUCCGCCGGUGCCGCUGCUGGUGCCGCCUACUGCCGGCCGGCUGGGGAACCUCUUGCCUGUGGUGGUGACGGCGCCCGGCGUCAGCGGAAUUCGCUUCGUGGCGAGGAAGUGGAUUUCCAGGGAGCGCAUCAUCGUGAUGACAUCGUUGAGGAAAUCGUCUUGGGGGGCCCUGAUUGAGUAUCCUGGGAGUCAAACAUCAGGAACAGAUUGUGAAUGGACGGCAUCCAUUUGUCUACGAAUGGACCCCGAGGGCAGCGCGCCCUUCGCCGUAACGCCCAAGACGCCCCGCACGCCGCGCCAGCGCCUGUCGCCGCCCGCCGCGCCCGCCCCGACGAAGACCUCGGCCAAGGCCCCCAGCAGCGACUGCCACGCGCUGCUCAACAGCUACUUCGGCCACCCGCACCCCAACGCAGAGCAACGCAGCUUUCGAUGCCCGCAGUGCGGUGCAGUGUUCUCGCUCCUGAGCAAAUUGUUCCGACACAUUUAUAGUUUUCAUGGCAACCCUUUGGAGUAG